GAUGCUCUCCCCCAGCUCUCUGCAGUGCUCCUGAGCAGCCGAGGCUGCGGAAAGUGAGAGGCGGCGAGUUCGCGCGAGUCACGCCAAGGGGCCGGAGGAAGCAGGUCGGGGACGGGCUCCCGAGGGACGGGUUCGGACCGCGGUGCUACUGUCUCACUGCCCUGCAGUGUCAGUGCUGUCCUAGGAGAAGAUGGGAAAGGGUUGCAAGGUUGUCGUUUGCGGGUUGCUGUCUGUUGGGAAAACUGCAAUUUUGGAGCAACUCCUUUAUGGGAAUCACACUAUUGGGACGGAAGACUGUGAAACGCUGGAAGAUGUGUACAUGGCAUCUGUGGAGACAGACCGUGGGGUGAAGGAGCAGCUGCACUUGUAUGACACCCGAGGCCUGCAGAAAGGCGUGGAGCUGCCAAAGCAUUAUUUCUCAUUUGCCGAUGGCUUUGUUCUUGUGUAUAGUGUGAAUAACCUCGAGUCCUUUCAAAGAGUGGAGCUUCUGAAGAAAGAGAUCGAUAAGUUCAAAGACAAAAAGGAGGUGGCAAUCGUUGUGUUAGGAAACAAACUGGACCUUUCUGAGCAGAGACAGGUGGAUGCUGACGUGGCACAACAGUGGGCAAGAAGUGAGAAAGUCAAGCUGUGGGAGGUGACAGUGACAGACCGGAGGACACUGAUUGAGCCCUUCACUUUACUGGCCAGCAAGCUUUCCCAGCCCCAGAGCAAAUCCAGCUUCCCUCUGCCUGGGAGGAAAAACAAAGGCAACUCCAGUUCCGAAAACUGAGUCAAGCCUUGCACUAUCUGUAGCCUGGCAUGACGUUACGAUUUAACAUGGCCCUUACAGAUCACCUCUGGGCCUAAUGGAACCUCUAAGUGGUAAUUUAAUGCACUUUAUAAUUAAGUUACUGGGCUAGUUUAUUGCUGUUGGGACAUUAUUUUGUCUUUAUUUGAAACCUGUUCUUAUUUUGUUAUUUAUUCUGCACUUGUCAAUAGCAAAAUAAAAUUUAGAGUAUGCAGUAUAA